AUGAAAUUUCUUUCUGAGUUUGCGUUAUUAAAUUUGGGAAACUUAAUCUGUACUCUUGGAUUGUCAUUGAUCGCUCCAUUUUAUCCUACUUAUGCUCUGAAGUUCGAUGUCAAAGGAUCUUUAUUGGGACUUAUUUUUGGAAUUAAUCCAAUCGGAGGAAUGUUGUCUUCAUUAAUAGUUGGAAAAAUCUUAAAUAAUAAAAACCAAACCACUCUUUUAUCAUUAGGAAUGCUUAUUUAAUCGAUUGGAUUAUUUUGCUUCCCACUUUUAACACUCACUAACGAUAGAACAAUGUUUAUUACAAUCUCAUUAUUAGGAAGAUUUAUUAGUGGAUUUGGAGCUUCAGCAUUUUUGACUCCACUUUAUGCAGCCAUUCCAUAGAAAUAUCCAGAAUCAGUUGAUUAAAAAAUGGCGAUUGCAGAAUUCUUUUCCUCUUUUGGAUAUCUAUGUGGACCAGUAAUAGGGUCUCUUUUAUACACUCUUGGAGGUUUCUCAUUUCCAUUUAUACUUUUUGCAUCUUGCUCUGUGAUCAUAGCCAUAAUUUUAAAAUUAAACAUCAAUAAUAAUGCAUAAAAAACAAUUGUUGAAAAUUCUGAACCUAUAAUAAACCCUGAAUACGAUAUAAAUUAUUAAUCAGAAUCAAUACUUCAAAAUGAAUAAUUGGAAUCUUCAAUUGGCUAUACAUAGCUAAUUAAAUUAUUUCCAGUUGUUUCCUCAUUACUGGUAAUGUUGGCGGUAUGCAUGACUUUUACAUUUUUUUCACCAAUAUCAUCACUUUACUUUGAAGAACAAUUUGGUGUGCCACCAGAAAAUGUAGGCUAUUACAUGGCAGCAGCACCAUUGGCAUAUAGCAUUGGAGCUAUAAUAAUCUCAAAAAUUACAUUUAAUAAAUAGAGAGCUAUACUAUCUGGAAUGGUUUUAGUAACAAUUGCUUAGUUUUUUAUGGGUCCCGAUCCAUUAAUGAAUAUUGAUCCAUAAAUUUACAUCACUGUUAGUGCAUAAUUUAUUUUUGGAUUAUUUUCAGCCGCUCCUUAUAUUUUGAUUCUCCCUUAUAUUACCCAAAAUUUGGAAAAAAAAUUUAAGAAGUCAGAUCAUGAAAAAUGUAUAUCAUUAGCAUCGGGCUUAUUUAAUGCAGUAAUUUCAGCAGGAGAGUGCUUAGGCCCAAUAUUCUCAGGUACGCUUUCUGAAUUCUUUUCCUAUCAAAGAGCAUGCAGUUUUUUGGGUUUAUAUUUAGUUGCCACAACUUUAUUUUUCUUCCCAAAUUUAUUUUUGUCAAAGAAAAAAUCUAAGAAAAGCUAAGUUAAAGCUUAUGAAGAAUAUUUGUGA